GCGGCUCCGCUGAGCGCGGCCCCCGCCGGCGGCGGCAGCAGCAGCAGCGCCGGCCCCGGCCCGCGCCCGCGCCCCGCGCCGCAGCCCUCCGGGGCGCCGCCCUCCCGGCCCGGCCCGGCCCGGCCCGGCGCGGCGCGGCCUGGCCCGGCCCGGCCCGAGACUGGACUUUAAUAUUCCUUUUGUGAAAAUAUUUACCAAGAAGUUGUCUUGUAACAGCAUCAGUAGAAGAAAUUCUAUGUAGUUCUAAUACUUCAGAGGGUGCUACAAAAUGAUUACUUCGGAUUUGCCAGUGUUACAGGAUUCUACAAAUGAAACUACUGCGCAUUCAGAUGCUGGCAGUGAGCUUGAAGAAACAGAAGUCAAAGGAAAAAGAAAAAGGGGCCGUCCUGGCAGGCCUCCAUCUGCCAAUAAAAAACCUCGAAAAACUCCAGGAGAUAAGAGCCGUUCUGAACCUGGCACUAGAGCAGCAGGUCGUGGAAGAGCUAAUGGUCACCCUCAACAGAAUGGAGAAGGAGACCCUGUCACUUUGUUUGAGGUGGUUAAGCUUGGGAAAAGCGCCAUGCAGUCUGUGGUGGACGACUGGAUUGAAUCAUAUAAACAAGACAGGGACAUAGCACUUCUGGAUUUAAUCAACUUCUUUAUCCAGUGUUCAGGAUGUCGAGGUACUGUAAGAAUUGAAAUGUUCAGGAACAUGCAGAAUGCAGAAAUCAUUAGAAAAAUGACUGAAGAAUUUGAUGAGGACAGUGGUGAUUAUCCACUUACCAUGCCUGGUCCACAAUGGAAAAAAUUUCGGUCAAAUUUUUGUGAGUUCAUUGGCGUGCUGAUUCGACAGUGUCAGUAUAGCAUCAUUUACGAUGAAUACAUGAUGGAUACAGUCAUCUCUCUUCUGACUGGUUUGUCAGAUUCCCAAGUUCGAGCUUUCAGGCAUACCAGUACACUCGCUGCUAUGAAACUUAUGACUGCUCUUGUGAAUGUUGCCUUAAACCUGAGUAUUCAUCAGGAUAAUACACAGAGGCAGUAUGAAGCAGAGAGGAACAAAAUGAUUGGUAAGAGAGCCAAUGAAAGAUUAGAGUUGCUGCUCCAGAAAAGGAAAGAGCUACAAGAAAAUCAAGAUGAAAUCGAAAAUAUGAUGAACUCUAUUUUUAAGGGUAUAUUUGUUCAUAGAUACCGGGAUGCUAUUGCUGAGAUUAGAGCUGUUUGCAUUGAGGAAAUUGGAGUAUGGAUGAAAAUGUACAGUGAUGCCUUCCUGAAUGAUAGUUACUUAAAAUACGUUGGUUGGACACUACAUGACAGGCAAGGUGAAGUGAGGUUGAAGUGUUUGAAAGCUCUUCAGAGCCUGUACACCAACAGGGAGUUGUUUCCUAAACUGGAGCUAUUCACUAACAGAUUCAAGGAUCGCAUUGUAUCAAUGACACUUGAUAAGGAAUAUGAUGUUGCUGUUGAAGCCAUUCGAUUAGUCACGCUAAUACUUCAUGGAAGUGAAGAAGCUCUAUCCAACGAAGACUGUGAGAAUGUUUAUCACUUGGUGUAUUCAGCACACCGGCCUGUUGCAGUAGCAGCUGGAGAGUUCCUUCACAAAAAACUGUUCAGCAGGCAUGACCCUCAAGCAGAAGAAGCAUUAGCAAAGAGGAGGGGACGGAACAGUCCAAAUGGAAACCUUAUCAGGAUGUUGGUUCUUUUCUUUCUUGAAAGUGAGUUGCAUGAGCAUGCAGCUUACUUGGUGGACAGUUUGUGGGAGAGCUCUCAAGAACUAUUGAAAGACUGGGAAUGCAUGACAGAGUUGCUACUGGAGGAACCAGUCCAAGGAGAAGAAGCAAUGUCUGACCGGCAGGAGAGUGCCCUCAUUGAGCUCAUGGUGUGUACAAUUCGACAAGCUGCUGAAGCACAUCCUCCAGUGGGCAGGGGUACUGGCAAGAGAGUGUUAACUGCAAAAGAAAGGAAAACUCAGAUAGAUGACAGAAAUAAGUUGACUGAACAUUUCAUUAUUGCACUUCCUAUGUUACUCUCAAAGUAUUCCGCCGAUGCAGAGAAAGUAGCAAACCUUCUGCAAAUCCCCCAGUAUUUUGACCUGGAAAUCUACAGUACAGGCAGAAUGGAAAAGCAUCUGGAUGCCUUGUUGAAACAGAUUAAGUUUGUUGUGGAGAAACAUAUAGAAUCAGAUGUUCUAGAAGCUUGCAGCAAAACCUAUAGCAUCCUGUGCAGUGAAGAAUACACCAUUCAGAACAGAGUUGACAUAGCCCACAGCCAGCUGAUUGAUGAAUUUGUGGAUCGAUUCAACCAUUCUGUAGAGGAUCUGUUACAGGAGGGAGAAGAAGCUGAUGAAGAUGAAAUAUACAAUGUGCUUUCCACUUUAAAGAGAUUAACUUCUUUUCACAAUGCUCAUGAUCUCACAAAAUGGGAUCUGUUUAGUAACUGCUACAGAUUACUGAGGACUGGAAUUGAGCAUGGAGCUAUGCCAGAACAGAUAGUUGUUCAGGCACUGCAGUGUUCCCAUUAUUCAAUUCUCUGGCAGCUGGUGAAGAUCACUGAAGGCUCUCCCUCGAAAGAAGAUUUGCUGGUUUUGAGGAAAACUGUAAAAUCCUUUCUGGCUGUCUGCCAGCAAUGUCUGUCAAGUGUCCACACUUCAGUCAAAGAACAGGCUUUCAUGCUGCUCUGUGAUCUCUUGAUGAUUUUUAGCCACCAACUUAUGACUGGAGGCAGGGAGGGUCUCCAGCCUUUGGUAUUUAAUCCUGACUCUGGUCUUCAGUCUGAACUCCUUAGCUUUGUGAUGGACCAUGUCUUCAUUGACCAAGAUGAUGAGAACCAGAGCAUCGAGGGAGAUGAAGAAGAUGAAGCUAACAAAAUAGAGGCUUUGCAUAAGAGAAGGAACCUCCUGGCAGCAUUUAGCAAACUUAUUAUAUAUGAUAUUGUGGACAUGCAUGCAGCAGCAGAUAUCUUCAAGCACUAUAUGAAGUACUACAAUGACUAUGGAGAUAUCAUUAAGGAAACAUUGAGUAAAACAAGGCAAAUCGAUAAAAUCCAGUGUGCAAAGACACUAAUUCUCAGUUUGCAGCAGCUGUUUAAUGAGCUUGUUCAGGAACAAGGUCCCAAUUUGGACAGGACAUCUGCCCAUGUCAGCGGGAUUAAAGAACUGGCCCGCAGGUUUGCCCUCACCUUUGGCUUGGAUCAAAUCAAGACAAGAGAGGCCGUGGCCACGCUACACAAGGAUGGUAUAGAAUUUGCCUUCAAGUACCAGAAUCAGAAAGGACAAGACUAUCCACCUCCUAAUCUUGCUUUCCUUGAGGUUCUUAGUGAAUUUUCUUCUAAACUCCUGCGGCAGGACAAAAAGACUGUUCACUCCUACUUGGAGAAGUUCCUGACUGAACAGAUGAUGGAAAGGAGGGAAGAUGUAUGGCUCCCACUAAUUUCCUAUAGAAAUUCACUGGUUACUGGUGGCGAAGAUGACAGGAUGUCUGUGAACAGCGGAAGUAGUAGCAGCAAAGCCUCCUCAGUGCGGAAUAAGAAAGGCCGACCUCCACUUCACAAAAAAAGGGUAGAGGAUGAGAAUCUGGAAGGCUCAUGGCUGAACAGGAAUGACAACAUACAAACUCCAGGGGCUCUUCAAGCACCACAGCUCACCUCAACUGUCUUGAGAGAAAACACGAGACAAAUAGGAGAGCAGAUCCAAGAGCAUGAGUCAGAACAAGGAUCUGAACAGGAUUUCUUACACAAUCCGCAGAUGCAGAUAUCUUGGCUGGGCCAGCAGAAGCUAGAAGAUCUAAAUCGAAAGGACAGGACAGGAAUGAACUACAUGAAAGGGAGAAGUGGUGUAAGGCAUGCCGUACGGGGCCUAAUGGAGGAUGAUGCUGAGCCUAUCUUUGAAGACGUAAUGAUGUCCUCACGAGGUCAGCUCGAGGACAUGAACGAGGAGUUUGAGGACACCAUGGUCAUUGAUCUGCCACCCUCAAGAAACCGACGAGAACGGGCUGAAUUGAGGCCGGACUUCUUUGACUCUGCAGCUAUCAUUGAGGAUGAUUCAGGAUUCGGAAUGCCUAUGUUCUGAAGUCUGGUGAAGAGAUUUUACAAAUUUGGAACUCUAUUGUUUAGAGCUAGAGGCCUAUAUACUGUGAUAGCUUGUAUGAAAACCACAUUUUUGAUGUGCUACAGUUUGAUUUUUAACCAAAUGAUUAAGGUCAAUCCCUUUUUGUAGUGAGAGAGAAGAGGAACUUCUUAAUGACACAAAGGAAUGUUGGCCAAUCCAAUCACCUCAGAAAGGCUGACCUAAAAAAUCAUUUGUAUCCCUGUUCUUGACUGUCCUAAUACAGAUUUUUUUUCUGGAUGGGGAGGAAGUUUUAAAUUGUUAAGACAGCUGUCAAAAUAAACACUGUUCUACAUAUGUUUUCUGAAAACAGCGUUGAGUGAAAACAGAACUUUUUAACUUUAUUUUUCUGCUGUACAAUUUAAAACUGUUUUAACAUUUGCCUUUUUAUGUUUUAAAAGCUAGCCAUUUUUAUUAAACCUAUGCCUGUCAGCCAUUGACUAGCAAUGAUGCUAUAAGCAGGUCAUCCUGGCUACAGAAACGUGUUUUUGAACACACUGGAUUUGAUUAAUAAUAUGGUACGCUUAUAUCCUCUCAUAGGCAUUGAGAAGAACACUCUUACAAAAGAGGUUAGAAUCCUAAUGAAGUGCAUCUCUGCCAAAAAACGUUCAGAUACUGAUAUGAUAAACCCAGAUUUUAUACUCUUGAGAAGAUUUAUUUUUAUUUAUAAUGGGGCAUAAAGUAAGAGAUGUCCGUGAAGCCACUUUUCCAACAGAUGCUGUGUAACAUUCAUUUUAUAUAGCACUAGGGGACACAAAACAGUACAUUUUCUAUUGGUACUUGCUCUGUGCAUUUUUAGCAACUUAUACCAGCAAAUAAAGUAUUCUCAGUAAAACACACAAAUGGUUCUCAAGUAAUCACUUUGCUGUUUUUACUACCUAUUUCAUGCCCUGCCAAUCCAAGGUACAUAAACAGCAACUUUCCUAUAUAAAAUAGAUGCGGGGGGGAGGAAUCACUUUAGCAUUCAAAAAGCAAUUUUAACUGUACCAUAUAAAAAUGUCGACUUCCCAUGCCGUAAAUACCCUUUUGCGCUAUUUUUGUAAAUUAAUUUUGCCAGUUAGAAGUACUGUAUGUGCUGCAUAGAAAUUUGUGCUUAGAUGGUGAAGUUCUUAAGCUUACAAUGGAAUACAGCUACAUUUUUCAGUGUUAACUGUGCAUAUGAGAGUAAUUCUUUGAAAAAAAAAAUGAUUUUUUCAAGAAAGUAAAAAAGAAAAAACCCAAAAAGUUCUCAGCUAAUUCAUUGUAAUAACAGAUUUUCAGUGUCUUCAACGAUUUGGAAUUUCAUUCUGCUUUGAUUUUACAACUGUCUCAUAGCUGCUACUGUAGUUGAAAAUGGCCUGAUAUUUAGAGGUGUGGAAGACCCACGCAAAACCAGAGCACAUCUAAAUAUCAGCCACAAAUGGUUACUCUUCCUUUCUGCGUUUCAGUGUUAGCGUUAAUACCGAGCCAACUGACCCACACCAAGCACAGCAGUUUCAGAGGUGCUUUUUUUAGCAACUGCAGAAUAGUCACGGAGCUUUCUCUUUUACAAGGUCGUCUAACAAAAAACCAAACGUACACCCAGUGCUUACCUUUUGUGAGGGGAGAAACAAUGUAAAAACAAACCAUGUUUCCAUUCUUUUAACAGCUGAGAUUUUUCUUAAAAUGUGUACAGUUCUUGGGGGGGGGCGGGGGGCGGCGAAGACUUGGUUGCCAAAAACAUUUGACCUGAUGAUUUAGCCAUUCCUCAAACUUGGCUGUCAGGAUUGCAAGCCUCUGCCCUUGCGGGAGCAUUGCUUUAUAUCAUGGGUGAAGGUUACCCCCAAGGGGUAGUGGGUGGGCAGGAAUGGCUGCAUUAAACUGUCAGCACCGUAGUUCUGUGAGAAUAGUAGCAGAAGGAAUGCUGCCUGGUUUGAGUCAUAGUCACAGACCAACCUUGUGCUUCACAGUCCUCUGUGUGGAAAACUGAAUCCUAAUUUAACAUUGUAGAAUACUGUAUAACAAAAAAAAAGUUUACUAUUAAGGUACCUCCAAUGGGUUUCCAGUUCAGUUUGCAGUCAAUAGAUUUUUUUGUAUUAUGAGUGUCUCCUUGAUUGGUUUUGCUAGUAAUUCUGUAAAUUGUACAUUUACAAUAUAAGGUUUUUUUUUCCUUUUGUACAAUUUAAAACUGAUGCUUCACCUUUCCUUUAAUAAACUAUUCAAAAUCA